GUCAACAUAGUUACGUAGACACGCGCGCACACACGUGGAGGAUCAGCUAGAGAUCGAUCGAUCGCGAGUAGGCCGGAGAAGAGAAUCCAUGGCCGCCACCGCCGCAUGCCGGAGCAUGGAGGGAAGAUGGAGUCUUGCCGGCUCUACGGCGCUCGUUACCGGCGGCAGCAAAGGGAUCGGGCAUGCGAUCGUGGAGGAGCUGGCGGGGCUCGGGGCUCGGGUGCACACGUGCUCCCGGAACGCGGCGGAGCUGGAGGAGUGCCGGCGGCGGUGGGAGGACAAGAACCUCCGCGUCACCGUCUCGGUCUGCGACGUGUCCGUGCGGGCCGAGAGGGAGAAGCUCAUGGACACGGUGAAGCAGGCCUUGGGCGGCAAGCUGGACAUCCUGGUGAACAACGCGGGGCAGUCCAUGGUGAAGGCCGCAAUGGAGUGCACCGGCGAGGACUACGCGCUGGUGAUGGCCACCAACAUCGAGUCGUGCUUCCACCUCGCGCAGCUCGCGCACCCGCUCCUCCUCUCGGCGGGUGGUGGGGCGAGCAGCGUCGUCCACAUCUCCUCCAUCGCCGGCUUCGUCGGCUUCCCGGGCCUCGCCGUCUACUCGAUGACCAAGGGAGCGAUGAACCAGCUCACCCGGAGCCUUGCCGCCGAGUGGGCCGGCGACGGCAUACGCGUCAACUGCGUCGCGCCGGGCGGCAUCAACACUGACAUCGCCAAAGACAUGAUAAUGAGGAACCCAGAGAUUGUGAAGAGCCAGACCACGCAGGUACCGAUGCAGCGGCUGGGCGAGACGGAGGAGGUGGCAUCGGUGGUGGCCUUCCUCUGCAUGCCGGCAGCGUCCUACAUCACCGGCCAAGUCAUCUGCGUCGACGGCGGACGCACCAUAGCUUAAACCGCGCCGAACGUCUUCCCGAUAGAAAGUCACAUCGUUCGUUCAAAGCUGUUGUACGGGUCAUAAAUUGUAUUAUCUUCCUUAAAAAAAGAAAUUGCACUCUCUGUAACACACGUUUUUUGACACCGUCAUAGUGCUAAAAAAUGUUUUAUAUUAAGUUACA